AUGACGGUUCCUACGACCUUCAAGAGCAAAGUUGCCAUCACUCACAUCACUACCGCAACUGCGAUCGUUGAUAUCGAUGGCGUCAAGUUCAUCACUGAUCCCAUCUUUGACGAAGCUCCUCAGAGCCAUGACGGGUCACAGGCGAUUGGCUUGAAGCCAGGCGAAUUCUUCCUCACCAUGCAAGAAGGCCCCGCUAUAUCAAUCCGGCAACUCCCCAUCAUUGACUGCGUGUUGCUCAGCCAUGAAGACCACGUUGAUAACCUGGAUGAGACAGGCCGUCAACUCCUCAUCGGCCGCAGAGUCAUUACUACGCCCGAUGGUGCAAAGAACCUGUCUGAGUAUCCUGGAACCUACGCUAUUACACCAUGGCAAACCUUGAAGCUCCGCCUUGAAGGCGAGGAAUGGAGCAUUACUGGUGUUCCUUGCGUCCAUGUUCCAGGCGGCGAAGUAACCGGCUUUCUUUUACACAAGGAAUCCUUCGGUUACAGCCCAGAUGGACGCCCAAAUGUAGUUUAUUUCACCGGAGAUACAGUAUUUAUGGAGGAUGAGUUCAUGAAGCUUCGUGAGAAGUAUCAUGUCGUGAUUGCACUCACGAAUCUCGGGCAGGCGAUGCUACCUAGUCCGAAGAGCCCUAGUGGGUUCGUGCAGAUCACGAUGGGCGGCGAGGAUGCUGUGAAGAUGAUGGAGGUGCUGGAGGCUGAUGUGCUAGUGCCUAUGCAUUUUGAGUCGUGGACGCACUUUACGCAGGAUGGUACGGCGUUGGAAGAGAUCUUCACUUCCGGAGGCUUGGGGAAUAAGGUCAUAUGGUUAUCUUCAGGCAAAGAAGUCAACGUGAUCUAG